CAUUGUUUGUGCUACUAGCAAAUAUUAAUCAUCGUCCCAUUGUUGUUUGAUGAAGCAUAACGUUAGCUGGUUAGCUAAGUGAGGACCUACACAAGUCACCAUGGGGAAAGAUCCUAGGAAGCCGAGAGGCAAGAUGUCCUCAUAUGCUUACUUCGUGCAGACCUGCAGGGCGGAGCACAAGAAGAAACACCCCGAAGCCAGUGUCAACUUCGCCGAGUUCUCCAAGAAAUGCUCAGAGCGAUGGAAGCCCCUGUCUCCUAAAGAAAAAGGAAAGUUUGAAGACAUGGCGAAGCAAGACAAGGGCCGCUACGAGAGAGAAAUGAAGAACUACAUCCCACCCAAUGGCCAGAAAAAGAAGAGGUUCAAGGAUCCCAAUGCCCCCAAGAGACCGCCGUCUGCGUUCUUCAUCUUCUGUGCUGACUUCCGGGCCAAGAUAAAGAGCGAGCACCCAGGCCUGUCCAUUGGAGACACUGCUAAGAAGCUGGGAGUCAUGUGGAACAGCUCUGCAGCUGAGGAGAAGAAGCCGUACGAGAAGAAGGCAGCCACGCUGAAGGAGAAAUAUGACAAGGAUAUUGCAUCAUACCGCACCAAUGGUAGAGUGGAUACUGCCUCCUCCGCAGCUGCUGAUGACGACGACGAAGAUGAGGAGGAUGACGACGACGAUGAGGAUGAUGACGAGUAGCCUCCCUGCUGUUGGAGAGUACAUUGUUGUUUAAUGCUAUGUAACCCUAUUGUACACACUUUACAUCUCCGAACAAACCCAGACGCAACGAGAACACAUUAAGCUCUGUGUGUAUUUCAUGUUUUAAUGAUGGAUGGCGUUAUGCUCCCUAACUGGUUAAAGUUAACACUACAUGUCUUGUUUUGUUCUUGUAGUAGCCCUUUUUUCCUGCCCAUGCCUGUAACUGCUUUGGAGGACUAUAAAUCAGUAUGGAAGUAAUAAGUUCUCUUUUACGUGUGCAACUCUCAAAUCAGAUUUCUGGGUUGGUAGCAAGUGAAUUAUUUCUUUUCUGUAUUUGUUUUUAAAGGAUAUUUUUUCAUGUUUGUCACACAGUCUUUUUAUUGUUCUUUGAAUACCACUCUGAUAACAAAUGCAGCUGACAUUCAGGAAUGUCUUAAAUAAAGGUCUUUUUUAAUAAAUUG